UAUGGGUUUAAAUGUUGAAUUUUCAAUUUUUUAUUCGUUUGUCUGUGUUGCGUGACUGGAAUAUUUGCAAUUGCAAAUGCAAUUUGAAAAUAACUAAAUAUAAACCAAAUAAUUCAUUAAUUAAAGGAAAGUAGAAUUCGAGGAUUGAGAAAAGUGAACAAAAGUUUUUAUCACAAUGUCAGCAACUGCAUUAUUUGGAAACACCUCGGGGCUUGGCGGUAGUUCUGGUGGAAAUAAGCAUUUAGUGGAGUUUCGUGCGGGCAGAAUGACCCUCAAAGGGCGUAUGGUGCAUCCAGAUAAAAGGAAGGGCCUGCUUUAUGUGUACCAGGGGGAAGAUUCACUGAUGCAUUUCUGUUGGAAAGAUCGUACCACCGGCGAAGUGGAGGAUGACCUCUUAAUAUUCCCGGAUGAUUGUGAAUUUAUGAGAGUCAACGAAUGUACCACUGGAAGGGUCUAUGUACUCAAAUUUAAGUCAUUUUCCAAGAAGUACUUCUUUUGGAUGCAGGAGCCCAAAACUGAUAAGGAUGAUGACUAUUGCCGUCGCAUCAAUGAAUCUUUAAACAAUCCGCCUACAUCUGGUGAGCGUGGGGGCGGUGGCAGCGGCGCGCAGGACGGCGAGCUGCAAAACUUGCUCAACAACAUGUCCCAGCAGCAACUGAUGCAGCUGUUCGGAGGAGUCGGCCAAAUUGGUGGCUUGUCAUCUCUUCUUGGCACUAUGGGCAGUGGGACGACAGGCGGCAGUCGCCAGUCGUCAGCAAGCAGUGGCGGCAGCUCGCGGGGCGGGUCGGCUCCGCGCACCACAGAGGCCAGCGCGCGCACUCCCGCGCGGUCGCGCUUCACCACUACGCCCGUCUCUACGCCGCCCGCCGCCGCGACCGCGCCCGCUCCCGCUGCCGCUACCGCUACUGCCCCGUCGGCCGCCGCUGCUGCGACGCCAGCGCCGACACCUGCUGCCACUGCUGCUUCUGCUGCUACAGCGGCUGCUACUCCUCGCAGUGGGCAAAUAUUCCUGUCGGACCUGCAACGGUACUUCUCGGGCCUGGGCACGGCACCGCCGGAGGGCGAGGCGGCGGCGGGCGGCGCGGCGGCCGGUGGGGCUGCAGCGGGUGGGGCGGCGACAGGUGGGGCGGCGGCUGGCGGGGCGGCGCCGCGCGUGGACCUGGGCGCAGCGCUCGGGACUCCCGAUGUGGUGGCCGCCGCCAGCGAGCCCGCCAACGCGCAGCGCCUGGCGCCGCACGUGGCGCCCCCCACCAGCGGCGCCGCGGACGAUGUAAGGACCACCCUGCUCUCUCCGCAGUUCGCCCAGGCAGCCAAUCAGUUUUCCUCGGCCCUGACUUCGGGGCAAAUUGGCUCCGUGGUGUCUCAAUUCGGUCUCCCUGCUGAUGUGACAGCGGCUGCCAACACUGGCGACAUGCAAGCUUUCUUCAAGGCUUUGGAAAAUGCUUCGUCUGGCUCCGAAGCGAGCAAGUCUCAAGAUGACAAGAAAAAGGACAAGCAAGAUGACAAGAGUGACAAGAAAGACGAUGACGCUGGCAUGUCACUCGACUAAAAUACUACAAUGUUUUUUUUUCACUAAUAGUAAACAAGAAGAAUCCCUUUUCAAUAGUGCAAAAUAUUCUUAUCUGUAAUUAAGAAACUAAUUGUUUUCUUUUUUUUUGUAAAGCUAAUAAAUAUUGUAGUAUUAGAAGACAAUGUACUCCGCAAUGAAGGGUGUCCUGUAUGUUUUUUAAGUUACACCAACAUAUGUCUGGAUGAAAUAUUUGAUGCAAAAUGUUAGACAUUAAUUUUACCAUGAAUCCAGAAUAGCCCCUUAUUAUCCUGGAAUAAAACAUUUUGCCUUUAAAAGAAAAAAGUUAUAUAUGUUUUGCAUUAAAAUCUAUAUCUAAGUUUGCGUGCCGUGCCAGUAGCGCAAGUUUUUUUUCGUUUAUGUUAUGUAGCUUUGUUUUUUUUUUAUUUUACUAACAAAUUCACAUUGGUAGUGAACUUUUAAUAUGUAAUUCAAUUUACUUUUCAUUUAUUAUGAAAAUAAAUACACAUGUAUAAUAUGA